ACAAAGCGAUGACGUCACGCGUCACAGGGGGCGCCACGCGCCGCAAACUUCUGAUGAUGCGGCACACGUGCAAAAAGUUUGGCGGGUGAGCGGCCUUUGUAGUUUGAUCAGGUGCGUGGCGUCGGAAGGUUCUCACGGUGAGACGUGCCGUUAAGUUCCCGCUCAAGCCGCUCGCGACCUCCGUACAAGUAGUCGGUGACGUCACCGUGUCCAUGACCGCCAUGUAGGAGAACAACAACAACAACCGUGCCGCCUUUAAGUCAUGUUGAGAAAAAGUUCCCGCCUGGAGUCGUCGGGCUACUACAGCAGCGACGGGCAGCCCGUCAUCUCCUACAAAGAGACUCCGUACAGGAGGCUGUGGACUCGGUACCGGACUACCCGCCCCCGCAGAGCGGCCUCGGACGACGACGAGGCCAAGGACGACCUCCCGCUCUCGGACAGCCCAGCCAGGACCACCAGAGUCCUCCCCAGAAUUGACGGCGUGCUGCGAUUCGCGCGCAAAUAUAUCAUCACCAUUUUGAUGGGUGUCCUUUGGUUUCUGUGCGAGCCCUCCAUUCGCCAGAUGACGGGCUUCCCCGCCCCUUCCUACCUGUUCUCGGAGAGCGGAGCUGAACUGCCGGAGGAGUUUUCCAAAAUGUACAAUGACGUGCUGGAGCGUCUGAAGGCCUUCGAACAGAAAGUGCUGGAGAUCGACGACAAGCCGCCGCCGUGGGCCAGCAUCCCCAAUUUCGCCCUCAAGUCAGCAGGAGCCAGUGUCCUGUGCGCUGCCACCUCCAAGGCCUACAAGGCCAAGAUUAAGACUGUGUCCGUCCUGGGCUUCCAGAUCAGGUACCCCGAGGCGCUGUCGGCCAGCGUGGUCAUCGAGGGCAAGUCCGAGCUGAUCCCGGGGAACUGCUGGGCCUUCUCGGGUGACCAGGGUAACCUGACCAUGGUCUUGUCACACCCGGCCUUGGUGCAGCACGUUACCCUGGGUCACAUCUCCAAACGCAUCGCCCCCACCGGCUCCAUCCCGCACGCCCCCAACCUCUUCUCCGUAUACGGAACGGAGACACUGGACUCAGCGGGAAUCAAACUGGGAACCUUCCAUUACAACCAAGAAGGAGAAAUGUUCCAGAACUUCAUAAUACCUGAGGAGCUACACGCCCUUAGCAAGUACGUGACCCUAAGUAUCCAUAGCAACUGGGGCGACCCCACCUACACCUGCGUCUACAGCUUCUGGGUGCACGGGGCGCUGGCCUCCUGAGGCGAAGAGCACACCUGUGUCCCAAGCACACCUGUCGCACACCAGUGUGCAGAGCCGCCCGCCGCGCAGCGUAAACCUGAUCAAGUAAGCGCGCUACCUCCACGCAGCGGCCAUCUUUAGAGGGCGGAGCCUUCUGGAAGGACGCACGGUUGGAGCGGACUUUUCCCUCCGCUCCUUUUGCACUUUAAAGACACGCAUUUUUAUCUUUACGCAAUACUAUGUAUUCUUCAUGUGGUCUUGGGUCUGUACGUUAGUACUAUAAUAUAUAUAUAUAUUUAUAUAUAUAUCAUUUAGUCAUAAUAAACUGUAUUAUAUAUCAUAACUUCUUUUAAUAAACUGUAUUAUAUAUAUCACUAAAAGGGUCCCCCAUAAUGUUAAAAAAAUAAGUCAUAGAUGUUUUGUUUUUUUAAUCAACGCAUACAUUUCUAAAAUAACUUCAGUUUUGUCGCGUUGAGUUCAUUUUUUUAAUGUUUUAUGGCCUUUUUGUCAAAGAAAACAUGGGGUUGUUUUUUUAUAGCAAACACAAAAUAUGCCAUAUUUUUGAUGUGAGUAAUUGAAGGCUUAAAUGUGUCAAUGACAACAUUUCAGUAUUAUUUUUUGAGAAAGGACAAGUAGUAGAAAAUGAAUGGAUGGAUGGAUGCAGUUAAACAAAAAUCACGCUAAAGUUCUUGGGGAUCCAAAAGGGUCCUACUCAUUAGUGUUAAAAGUAAGUCAAAAAAUUUUUCUACUUUUAACCAUUAAAUCUCGACUUCACAUAUCCGUGCAUUAUAAUUUUUUAUUAUGUUAUAUGCCUUUUUUGUCCCAAUAAAGUUGUUCUCUG